UGAGGUGGUGGAUUGCGGAAAGCAGUAAAAUUUCAUUAUUUCUCCCAAAUAAAUAGAAAAUAUUAGCAAAUAUGAACCGACACCAGGUCCUAACGGGUGCGGUCAACACAGGGGACCAAUGUUUUUCUGUCGGGAGUGUAGAAGGGGUGCAUUUUACGGCCUAUGCAACAGGAUGUGAUAUUGUGAUAUUAGCCAGCGAUUUCCAGCGAGUACAGAUCAUUCCUGGAGCUACUCAUGGCAAUAUUCAAGUGGGCUGCUUGGAUUGCUCUGAAGAUACUGGAAAGAUUGCAGCGUCUUAUGGCCGUGAAGUGUGCAUUUUUGAACCAACACCCUUGCUUCAUCAUGAUUCAUCCCAUAAAUUGGAUUACCAGUGGUACCAGACGGGAACUAUCACCACAGAAUGCGAUGUCCUUACAUUGUCAUGGAAUACCGAUGGAUCUCGGCUCCUGACUGGUGGCGACCUCAUCCAGAUGUGGAAAUGUCCAGAGUCACCAGAUGAUGAAGAUGACGAGGCGCAGAAACGACGAGGCAGUGUGGAAUUCCAUCUCGGAGAUGAAAAUAGCAUGUUAGAGUGGCUGUGUUUAUGGCACUGCAGGACGGCUUCCCCUAUUCACCAGAUGCGGUUUUCACCAGAUGGGCUCCUUUUUGCUACAGUUGGAAAGGCCGACCGACUGGUGAAAAUCUGGUAUGAAAACAACAGACUAAACUUUGCUCUCUCACGAAGUGAUAGCUUUAGUCCCAGAAAAGAAGAAGCCAGCUACUCCUUCAUCUAUAUAGCACAUCCUAGAGCAGUGACAGGUUUCUCCUGGAGGAAAACGAGCAAACAUAUGCCAAGAGGAUCAGUUGCUAACAUGUUGAUAACAUCAUGCCGUGACAGCAUCUGUCGUAUUUGGUGCGAGACAGUCGUACCGGAUGACGGCUUGGUGGAUCCUCGUCAGAUAGAUCCUGUCCUGAUGAAGCAGAAUACCAAGUUCCACACUGCACGGUACAGGACGCAGUUCAUGCAGAGUUUAAAGAAUAUAAAGCAAGGUCUGAAUGCACGGAAGAGAAGAAUUAGUGGCCUUGGUUUAGCAUCCUCCAACACCCAACCACCGCAACUGCCGAGUAUGAAGGGUGUCCAUGACUCUCAUAAGUUCACUGCCAACAUGAAUGGUAUCACACCCAUGCUUCACUUUCAUCUUGCUGCUAGUAUCAACCCAGAAACUGAUAUCCCUCUUCUACCCACAAUUGGCAACACAAACUAUCUUCACGAGUCCAACUUUGUGGUGCAUUGGCUCAACAACAAGGAGUUACACUUCACAUUAGAAUCGGAACGAAUCCUGCAAGAUUUGACCAAGAAGGCUGGUGACGACGGCGACGAAUCCAGUGUGGAAGAUGACGAAGAGGGAAAGGACUCUGCAAAUGAGAACGAGGUUGAGGACGAGGUUGUCGAUGACGAAGAGGACGAUCAGUUCUUUUUAGAUAACAAGGAUGCUGAUUUCAAGCGAGGUCCUCUAAUCCGUCGAGAUAACCAGAUCAGUAUGGAAAGUGAGGAAAGCCAUCACUCACGGUCUGUAACAGGAGAUGCAGAAAAUGGGCCAUUACCUGAUUCAAAAAAGCCGUUGCGUGAUAGUCUAGAUAGCAAGAUAGAAAAGCUGCUCCGUGACUGGCACCAGAGUGCUGAUAUGCUGUUCAUGGUUCAUCCUGUUGAUGGUAGUUUUCUUGUCUGGUUGGUUGAGUGGCUGGAUGAGUAUGUCCCUUGUUCAUUCCGACAAGCCCAGAUCAGUUUCUCUUCUCGAAUACCUCAUGCCUUUCCUGUAGGUGACGCCACCACGAUGUCAACAAACCUCAAACUUUAUUGUAAUUACAUCAAACCAGACAUAAAAACCAAACUGAAAUCGGAGAAUAAACGUAAUAUGAAUAUGGACAUUCCAAAAAUACAAAUAUAUUCUGCAAACGCAUCGGGCAAGAAUUCUCCAGGACAAAGUGAUAAUACCUUGAUGCCUAAUGUUCUGAUGCUUUCCAAGCACAACAGUGGCUCGCUGAAUCAGUGGCAGAUUAGUUUUGCGGAAACUUCAAAGUUUUCAAUGGUCUUGAGUGUGGCGCAUGCGUCCAGAGCCAGCGGGCACAGAUUCAGAACGAACAGUGCAGCGUGCCAUCCUGUCCUGCCCUUACUUCUGACGACAUCACAUCACAACAUGCCUAAUGAGACGGACAAGGGGCGUCCAAGAAUGGGGUCUAUGUCCAGCUGGUGUGAGGCGACGGGGUUGUGCAGCGAGUUGAUCUUGUGGCGUGUGGAUCCUGUGGGCCCAUUAUCCAAGUCUGGCGGUAUCACGGAGCUGGCGAGAAUCAAUGCACCACAUUUGUCAGCAUUCUCGAAUGUUGCCUGGGUGCCUACACUUUUGCCAAGCUCUACGCUGGGUACAGGCAGUAAUUCACCGAGUGCCCUGUUUGUGGCCUCAGACGGUCAUAGUCUUCGAGUUUACCAAGCUGUGAUAGAUGCCCGCACACUACUGGCUGAUGUGCAACGGAGGAAAGAGUCCGUGGGUCAACUUAGCAGCUCGUCAUCUGCGUAUGAAGAGAACAGUCACACAAGCAACACCAUGCAAGAUAAGAAUGACGUGUUUAAGAUUGUUAGUCAGCAGAGUACGGCCAGGCCGGGCUGCAUCGUGGAACUGGACGCUAUUGCGGACGCUAAACAAGACUGGCAGCAGACGCAGUUCCUGCAUAUAUUCCAGGAUCAAAUGAUCACUGGACAAAAGAACAUGAAGUAUGACACUAACGGUCAGGCACAAAUGGAGGCGAUCAUUGACCUGAGGAACAUCACCAUCUUCGAGGAAAACUUCUUCCUAGUGGUCAUCGAGAAGUUGAAUAAUGGCGGCUCGGUUUUACAUAUGUGGCGGAUUAUCAUAUCAUCACAACCAGAAAAUGCAGUAAAAGAAGACGUCGAGACGGGUUACAUGAGUACGGAGUCAUUCUACAUCCGGCAAGGAGACGAGGAUGAUGAGGAAGAGGACUUCCUUGCCGCAACCCAAGUGCCUCCCGCUGCACAAGGCAAAACUGGCAUGAUCAAGCUUUCAAUAACAACAACAAAGGUGUGCACACAGAUGUUGGAGUUACCAGAAGGCAUUGAAGUGAUCAGUUCAAAUGUUGCUGCCGGACAUCUGAGUUCCUCCUCCAUCUACCCUGCAUGCUUUGCACCAUACUUGUUCGCGACGCCUUGUUCCGAUGGACGGAUUCGCUUCUGGAACUGUCAGGUUGAGGAUGUUUUGGACGAGAACGGAAGUGGACAGACGGUGCAGAAAUAUGGUUGGAAUGAGUGGGAGAUGAUGAUAAGAAACGAGGAGACUAGUGCCAUUCAUGUCCCAGGCAAACCUAUCACUGUUAGCUGUGCGUACAGUGGACGUGUGGCCAUUGCAUACCGGAUGGGAAGAAUCCGAACUUGUGUUGACAACCCUGAGAACAAAUUCGUCAAUCUGUGUGUGUCUAUUUAUGAAUGUGAAUCAACAGGUGGGAGUGAAUGGGUCCUGGAGGACACGAUAGAGUUAAAGAACAUUUCCAUACCUGAUCCCAAAGCUGAAAUUGAUCUCAGUUACAUUGAUUCAUAUCACAGCCCAAGGCAUGAGGAAGUCAAACAUCUCGUAUCCCCCACAUCAGGGCGGGGCUCAAGCGGCAUGGGGCGGUCCGCUUCGAUUCCAAGCCUGAGUACCAUUUUCAGUGUCAAGAAGUAUAUUGCGGAGCGGGGGAAUAAGUCUGGUAUGCUGCGACAGAAGCAUCUUGUACAAUUAGAUUGGGUUUCGUUAGAGGAUGGGUCACAUAUACUGACUGUAGGGGUAGGGUCUAAGAUCUUGAUGUAUGCUCCUGUGUCAACAGAAAUCGCACAAGCCACACAAAAAGAACAAAGUGUGGUACGGUCGCCUAGUCAUGCCCGCCCCAUACUGCAGAAGAGUAAGUCUAUGACGGUGCCGAAUAUGGUGGAGGAGAUACGAUGGAUGAAGCUGAGGAGUAUCGACCUCACGACCGCUGAUGGGUUACCCCCGCUGCCAAUGCACGUCUCUUGGGCUAGAGACGGUAUCUUAGUGGUCGGAAUGGAUAAUGAGAUGCAUGUCUACUCUCAAUGGAAGGGCCAGUCUGAAGGCGGCGACUCCAUAAGCGAGCACGAUGUCCUCCCAGGCGGCGAAGUUGACAAGCGCAGCCUGACAGAUUUCAAUCUGAUGAGCUCGCCUGCCACUCUAUCCACGGUUAUGAAGCGAAAUACAAGUUUCUUGAAACCUUCGCACUCGUCGUCGAGUCUUAUGUUAACUGGGUCGAGUGUGAAUGAACCGAAGAAGAAGGAUCCGAGUAAUUGGAAGAAACUUUCCAAGAGUGAGAGUACCACCAGUCUUCAGUGGAUCCAAGACUGCGGUUUGUUUGAAGCUGCCCGCAUUGCUAACCCAGUACUUCCACAAUACCACCCAAAACUUCUACUUGAGUUACUGAACUUUGGGAAAAUUCGGCGUGUCAAAGCCAUCCUUGCUCACCUGACGCGAUGCAUUGCGGGAAGCAUGGUGUUUGCGUCCAACAUGCAGCCGUCGAAAACACGCCGCAUGUCGUUGAGUGCAUCUAGUCCCACUGAGCAGAGCACCUUACAAGAGGAGGUCUUGGACUACAUUGAAAUCAAUUCAAUUCCGCCACUCCCUCUGUACGCCUUGACAGCUGCUGAUACCGACACCGUCAUCCAAGCAGAAGGCAAGGUCUCCUCACCCUUUGGUGCCCCAGGGCAAACGGACCAUGACUACAGCACUCUCUUUGCAACUAAACCAGACGACGACGACGACUUCGAUACAGCCUUAAUGGACGAAGAAGAUGAUGUGUUUAAUGAAGAUGGUGAAAUCAACAGUUCCAAAAGGCGGCGCCACACCUCUGGCAGCGUGAGCGGCACGAGUAAUCCGAACUACUUCGGUCCAUCGCAGGCGCGUACAUUGACUCGCCAUCUCACCCACACCCAUCUUCCUGGGCUCUCAAGCCUGGAUCAGAUGUAUCUAUUGGCCCUGGCAGACACCGUUUCAAACACGAGCACUGAUUUCUCCGACAAGUUUGCUCCAGAUCGUGCAGUCAGAAGCGUUGUGACUGCCCAUCAGCAGGAUGGUGGAACGAGUGCUUUUGGUGCAGGAACCCGAGGAUAUGCCUCAGCUGGGGGCGCACCCCUGGGGCCAGCUGACUCGAUGGACGACUGUGGCCUCCGUUACAUGCUAGCUAUGAGACAUCACAUCUACCUGAUCAACACGCUACCCAUGUUCCAACGGGCACGCCUACAGAAGGAAGGUCUCGGUGGCGCGUAUCUUGUCUGGGCAUUCCAUUCAGAGGCUGAAGAGGAAUUGUUAUCGAUCAUCCCAGGUAUGUGCCGCGGUGACCCUACGUGGGCUGAGCUGAAGCAAUAUGGCGUUGGCUGGUGGGUGAGGAACAAUAAUACACUGAGGAGGUGCAUAGAGAAAGUGGCCAAGGCUGCCUUCAACCAGAAGAAGGAGCCACUCGAUGCAGCUCUGUACUAUCUUGCCAUGAAGAAGAAGAAUCUGCUGUGGGGACUGUUCAGGUCUGUCAGUGACACAAAGAUGGUGGAUUUCUUCAAACACAACUUCCAAGAGGAUAGGUGGCGCCGUGCAGCUCUGAAGAAUGCGUUCGCCUUGUUGGGAAGGCAACGAUUUGAGCAUGCUACGGCAUUCUUCCUCCUUGCUGGAUCAGUCCGAGACGCCAUUGAGGUCUGCCUGAACAAAAUGGAUGAUAUCCAGUUGGCGAUGGUCAUAGCACGCCUCUACGAGACAGAACUUGACGAUGCGAUGCCAGUGAACAUGAAGCGUAUCUUGUAUGAGGAGAUCCUGGGAAUGGAUGCAGUAGGGGAGAAUUAUCACCAUCACAAAGCACACAGUGACCCAUUCCUACGUAGUAUGGCAUUAUGGAUGUUGAAGGACUACAGCAGUGCACUUUCUACGCUUCUCCAAUCUGGGACGGCGCGGAACUUCUACAGCACAGAUGAUGACUUUGCCUCCUACACUGCUAAUCCUAGUGUUUUCAAUUUCUAUGUGUACUUGCGGACUCAUCCUCUCCUAGUCAGACAAUACCUUGCUACAACUGCCUUAGAAAAGAACAAACAAGUCCUGUUAUCGGGAUUCACACGGGGCAUGCAUUCUUCGUCUGUUGAUCAAAAUGUUACAUAUGUCGACAAGAUAACCCCCAUGGAAAGACGCCUGUAUUUUGCGACAGCGCAUGCACAUUUCAAGACAGGGUGUCCAUUGUUGGCAUUGGAAGUUCUGACGAAGCUCCCGGAAUGCACUGUGAUGGACAUUGAUUCCUCAGAGGAGGGGUCAGUUAAAGCAGAGUUUGAACGAUCGGACAGUUCCAUUGAGACGGGUACAAUAAACAUAAACAUUGGUGAUAAACCGCAACAGAAUGCCUCAACGUUUGAUUGGAGUCAACCGGUAUCGAGUAAAAAGGAUACGUCAAAUGACUUUGAUUGGGGGACGCCUAUAACGUUUCAAGCCAAGAAAGACGACGAUGACAUUGACUGGAGCAAACCAUUGACGAGCAAUCGAUUCAAAGAUAUGGAUUACAAUUUUGAUGACGACGGUGACACCAAGUCCGAUAGCGAGAUCGAAUCCAAAGAUAAACUCAAGUCAAAGAGUUUAGAUGUUCCAGAUAUCACCAAGGAUGAUACCCCGACAAAACCACCGCAGAUGGACAUCAUGGCGCAACAAUUACGGUUUAUCGCGUGUCUGAAAAUCAUGAUGGAGGAGUUGAGCACGCUGGCGACCGGGUUUGAAGUUGAUGGCGGCCAGUUGAGGUAUCAGCUGUACAUUUGGUUGGAGAGGGAAUGCGAGACUCUCAAGACUAUCUGUCGCUAUGGAAUGGAUCUCACCGAACAAUCAGAAGCCAGGAAAGCUGAAUCCAAGCUUGAUGUGGAUAAGGAUACCAGUAGUACCAUAGAUAGGAUGACUCUCUCCAUGGUAGAUAUGGGUAAGCCAACCCUGCACGAGGUGCUCAAGGCAGAGAAACUAGACUUUGAGGCGAAACUAGAAAGGAUGGCACGGCGGAAACAAUGGUUGAAGGCCAAUCAACAACUGUUGCGAACACUGCUGAGUUAUUGUAGUCUCCAGGGGCUGACAGGCGGCGGACUUGCAUCGGUCCGAAUGGAACUGAUCCUACUACUGCAAGAGCUUCAACAGGAGAAGACCCAACAACAGCUGCUCUCACCGCUGCCAUUCCCGACAACACUUCCACUUCUUUCCGCAAGCAUUGCCAGUUCGAAGACUGUCAUCUCCGACCCCAUACGUCAUCUGCAGUGUCUCUCACAAGAUCUCCUACAUUCCAUUGUUGAGUUCAAGACGCCCCCUGUCUGCGGCUCCAUGCUUCCGAUGGUGACGACAUUGCGGAAUCUGAGUGCUGCCUUGUCUGCUUGUAUCUACCAGUGCCUGUGUGACAGUGAUAAUUUCAUCGUAUCCAUGAAUGAUAACAUUGAUAUUGGAAUGGAAGGUUUCACAAAUACUAAUGUCACCUACCAAGAUAGCUAUCUAAUGGCUGGUGCCAAGAGACAGCGCAGAUGCAGUAGCGGUGAUGAGAUGGUGACCUCAUUGCCGGGAAGAUGGCCGGGAGUGACCUCGUUACGCACGCUACUCCAACGAGAACGUGACGAGGAGGCCCCAAAGCUAAACAUCCUCCUGUGCGAAUCGCUGAUUGGGGUCUACAUGAGCCUCUUGAUCCAUGCCGUCACAACCUAUGAUGCUAACAUCCUCUACCGACUGGUCGCGCACCCGUUUAACGAGAGAAUGUGGUCGGCUUUGUUUGGUGGUGGGACAAAGAAACGACUCAAUGUUGCUCAGCCUAGUGGUAAACCUCAAGGAAACAUUCCUCGUGCCAUCGACAACCUCUCCCGUGGACGUGUCAAUCUCCACACCCGUCUGUUUGGCCCCGAAGUGGUCACUGGGCAGAAAAAAGAGGAAAAACCAACAUACAGGGAGAAAUUCAUGCCACCGGAAGUUAGCAUCAUAAGCUAUUUCAUGACCAAGUUCACACUGCCUCCCGAUGAGAGGUUUGAAUUAUGUACAUUUAGAGGAUGCUCAAAGCCGUAUGCUCCCGUGCUGCAGCCUGGUGUGGAGGAAUAUGACUCCGAGGCCUCCAUUCAUAGUUCUGAUGAAGAAGAAGAAGAUGAAGCUGAUCUUCUUAAACCACAGUCAGCGACGGCUACGAAUGAACACCUUGAUCCAAACUCGUACAGUUGGUGCGUGAUGAGAUAUGCCAUCAUCAAGACGAUUCUCAGAAAUAUGAGGAUAUUCUUGCCGAAUGUGGGCAUUGAACUUCCUGAGCUUCCAGUGUGUUCACCAUUGCUACAGGCUGUAAUCAAGGUAUUACAGUGCUGGGAAGAGGUGCUGUACAGUAAACUUGAACUGUUCAACGGUCCACCAGAUAAUUACAUUCCUGGUUGCUACAUGGACACCGAUCAGAAUGGACCAUUGUUGUUCAAGUACAAGUCGAUGUUAGAACCAACCAACACUCCAUUUGUCACCAACCACCAUACUGCAAGCCCAUGUAAGAGGUUAUGGCAUUAUCUAGUCAGACAGGAAUACCUUCAAGAUGUAUUCAUUCGCUACAUAUUCAAGAAGAAGAAAAUGAAAAGAGAGGAGAGCAGUAGUAUGAUAUCGGACAUGACCGAUGGUGGUAGCAUGCGUAUGGUAGAUCCUGUUAAGAUCAUCCAUAAAGAACAAGACAUCAUCACAUCAUUUUGUAUAAACCAGGCGAACUUGAAUUGUAUAACACUGUCCACACAGAAAGAAAUCAUAGAAAUGGACAUCGGUCCUAUCUUAGAUCCGCCAGAAUGGUUGGAAGAUGAAACAGAGUAUGACAUUGAGGGAAUCAAAAAUCCAUUGCCAUCCAAGUCGGAACCAGAAGAUUUUCUCGUAGUCAGCGUCGCCCAGGAUCGCGGUAUGAUUGGCGCGUCCUCCCAGUCCUCCCUGUCUACGCCUGCUGCUCCGGGAGUCAUCCCAGCGCCGACACUCGGCCAAACGGGACGUGGUGGAAAUGUGAUCAAGGGUCUGAAUAUUCCUGGUAUCCAGAACCCUCAGUUUUCCGCGUAUGUCGUGGAUAGGAGUCGCCGGCUAGUGCGGAUGAUGACGAAAAGACAAGUGAAUGGUGUAAGACGAAUGGGGGCACAUCCUAACUUGCCAUAUUACCUUACCGGUGCUCAAGAUGGUUGUGUGAAACUAUGGGAAUGGGGCCAUUCACAGUGCAUCACCACGCCGAGACAAUCGGGGACACAUCCAAAGGUCACAAAGAUUCUGUUCAAUCUUCAAGGGAACAAGUUUGGUGUUAGUGAUAUUGAAGGCUCUGUGUGCUUAUGGCAGGUCGGGCUUGGUGCAAACAUGAGUAAACCAUUCUUGAAUCUUCACUGCCACAACAAGACGACGUAUGACUUUGCAUUUGUAGGAUCUUCAAGUCUGAUAGCGUCUGCUGGCCAUUCUGGGGAGAAUAAGAAUGUCUGCCUAUGGGAUACGUUAUUACCACAGAAAAGCAGUUUGAUACAAGCCUUUUCCUGCCAUGACCAGGGCUGUCCAGCCAUCAUCUAUGCUCCACAACAUCAGGUGCUAAUCUCGGGAGGGAAGAAGGGAGAAAUAUGCAUAUUUGACAUCCGCCAACGCCAGCUGCGCCAUACAUUCCAGGGCCAUGACUCUUCCAUCAGGUGCCUUUCCCUUGAUCCAACUGAAGAAUAUUUUGUGUCGGGGUCUUCGGAAGGAGACGUCAAGCUCUGGGGCCUGUCGGUUCAUAACCUGGUGGCAUCCUUCCCGGGUGAACACUCAAAGAGUACGCUCUUCCGUAACGUUGGUUCUGGAGUCAUGCAGACGACACUGGUGCCAGACGGCCAUCUCUACUCCUGUGGUGCUGACGGCUCUUUGAAAGUACGAACUUUGCCUGACAAUGAUUGGUUGAAUAAUCCUGUACGCUGUUAGCAUACAUCAGCAAAUAUGAAUCAUGCUUGAUAGCGUAUCUGUUGAAACAAACCUAGUCAAAUGUUGAUGAGUGUUUGGUGUGUCUUCCUGUAGUAUGCUUUGGGCUGUUGGCAUUUCUGCCUGUAAUCCCUUGCCAUUUUCAAGCAGAAUGAGAACGUAUUUCUAAGCAUGACAUUGGCCAAGGAUCACUGGAAGAGUAAUACUGUUGUAAGAAGACAUCCAAAACACUUGUCAGUAUUCGAACCUUCCUAAAACGCCUUUUAAAAACUUUGUCAAAUGUUGGUCUACAGACAUUGAACAUGAUGAAGCAAUGGGUGAUAUGAAAAAAGACUAGGAAAUGCUUUUAUCUAAAUCUCCAUGUACAUUUACACUAGGCCUUCCUGUACAAAACCGGAGUAAAAGCAUUUGCUAGUCUUUAUUCAUAUCACCCAUUGUGUCGUAAACCAUUGUGAUGUAACCUAUGAAACGCAUACUGGUAGGUUUUUCAAACUUAUUGGAAAUGAAUUCAUCCAAAGAGCAUUCCUAGUCCAUUAUCUGUGUUGGUACCAGUCUGACCGAAACCACGGUAGCGAAGAUAGUGAAUCUAGAUAUUCAACUGUGAUUAAUAGAAACAAGUAUGGGUCUAUUCCGCAUAGAAAUGAUAAUGAAUAUGCCACGAUAGUACAAAAAGUCUGGUUAGCGGACCAAGUUAGUCAUGAGUUACCCAUGCAAUCAGUACGGGGACUUUAGAUCAAGCUUGCGUGAAACAGACUGUACUUGUAGGUAGUAUAUUUUUCAUGUUAUUGUUAUCUCUUUAGGAGCAAUUGCUGGUUUGAGAAAUGUCUACUGCUCAGAAGUUGUUGGGUAGAAACGUCAUCUACUUUUGCCAAAACUAUUGAAUAGCCACCAUUUGACGUUGGUGAAAAAAGUCACUGUGGUGAAAGUAACUUUAUCUCUUUAGGAGUAAUUGCUGGUUUGAGAAAUGUCUACUGCUCAGAAGUUGUUGGGUAGAAAUGUCAUCUACUUCUGCCAAAACUAUUGAAUAGCCACCAUUUGACGUUGGUGAAAAAAGUCACUGUGGUGAAAGUAACUUAAGAAGUUAGAACCUCCCCGAGUGGACAAGUCUCUAUAAUGGACACCCUUUGUAACAAGGACACUGCAUUUGGUCCUUAAUUAGUAAUUUGCAUUGAAUUUAACCUCUGUAAUCAGGACACCUCUGAAUUAAGCACAGAUUUUUCAGUCCCAAGAGUCUCCUUAAUAGAGAGGUUCUACUGUACUACCAAUACCUUCCAUUGAAAAUAUUCUUAUGUUCUGUGAUGACUUCCUUAAAUUGGCAACUGGUUCCCAAGGGAUAGAUGUAAAAUAGCUCUUCUAAAUGUUGUAAUUAAUCAAUCUAAAGUGAAAGUACUAUAGUUUUAUCCUAGAUGAUGAUUAUGUCCAUGUACUAUCUUUCAAUAAGAUACUGAACAAAAUCUAUUUUUAUGAAUUGAAUCCAAAUUCUACUGAAGUCGAUGUUGUCACAGGUUAAUGUGGAUUCUUUGUCAACAGAUUAAUUCUUUAUGUGGAAAUAUGAAUUCAUCUGUGCCAGUUGUCUGAAAACCUUGAGUUUGAAGUCCAUGCCCCUGCAUGUGCUACAGGUUCCUUUAGUUUUGUUGAGGAGAGAAGCACAGUUGCAGUGACUGUCAACCUGUGAUAUAUGUGCCGUCUUGCGAUAUUGUUCAAAGGAUUAAUGUCACUAUCGAUGGAGUAAGAAAUAAAUGAACGGAUUAUCGUUUUAAAAUCUUCAGUUACUGUUUUCCUGCACUGUUUUAUUUUAGAUUUAAGCAUCAAUUCUUAUAUGUUCAAAUGACAAUUUUGUUAAAUUUCACAAAACUAAUAUUACCUCUUCAUAUUUAACAGAGGUGUGUCUUUAAACGAUGCUGAGCUGGCAGUAAUCAAAGUUCCUACAUAGAGGGCAGCUCUGUGACCGAAAAUGUACACAAAAAUUCUACGAAGCAGUUGUACAGACUUUCACAUGCAUGUCAGUAGAGAAUUCUACACAGGAACUCUCUGAUUAUCAUAAUUGCCAACCUGGCAUUAUUUCAAGACACUUCUCUUUUAAAGGUCCAGUGUCUAGUAAAAAAAUUGAUUUGUUAUUAUUAUUUCAAUAGUCCAGUUGUGUAAAUAAGUAUAGUGGACAAAAGGUUAAAAAUUUGUGUAUGAAAAUAAUUUACAUACCAAAUUUCAUUGCACUAGAGUUGUACAGGUUUGGUUCGCACAUUCUGGUGAUUGGAAUGUGGGUGGGGUAAGCGGGUUUCGAGUUGGACCGUGCAAUAAUGUUGAUAGUCUUAUCAGCUUUAAUAGUUUACCACCAGUAUUCAUUUGGGCAGGUGUCCUUCUAUUAAAAGCUUUUUGCCAAAUAUGCAGCCUCUUUAUGAGGAUGUUUGCUAAAACGGUAUAAUAUGUGCUCCUUGACACUAUUGAAAUGAAGUGAAAUGUGAGUUCUUGUAUAGGGCUUUAUACUGUACAAUUCUACUGUCUAGAAGUGCUUUAUUCAUUCCCCAGCUUAAUCCAGAAACAUUUUAUAAACCCAAGAUGGGCACAUACUGAGCUACACUUUCGGGCCAGUUGAAAGUAUUGAGUGGCACUGGCUGAGCCUUGAACCCAUGAGUCGGACAUUCUUUCUCUUCCUUCAGCUUUGCCCACUAAACUUCCCGAAAUUAUCAUUACAUCUAUUACAUCUAUUGAGUUGCAUACAUGUUUGAAGUGAAGAGGUGACUUGGUUCGUAAGAGUUCCUUUGUAAAGAGCAAUAAAAAUCUCUGCACCAAAUUUUUGGCCAGGAAGGUGGGCUUAGCCUUAUGGCACAUUGUUCAAGAAUGGGGACUGUUCAUUGGGUGGGUGAUGCUGCGUAUUUGCCAAAUGGUAUCUAUUGGUUGCGUUAUAGUCAUCGAAAUUCUGAUGUGAUAAUGUGCAAUAUAAGUGUGAUGUAUAGCCACCAGGUGGCAUUGAUUUCUUUUGUUAUGGCUGUGGCAUUUAUUGUAUGUGGAACCAAGUAUAAUCUUGUUAAUGUAUUCCAUUAAAUGUAUAUAUGUAUGUUACAUGUGGACACUUUUGCUCUUUUUUCUGACAUCUUAAAGGAACAGUAGUUUAAGCAUUUUGUUGGUGCCGAGUUGCAGGGUAUGGUGCCAGUACAUUCAUGGCAGAGACAAUGCUGUGUAAUAGGUACUUAUAUGUACUUCAGAACAACUGUCUUUGUCCCGUACUGACAAUAAUGAGCCCUUUGCCGAAGGCGUGUCAAUGGCAGAUUGUAACCUUAGUCAACUUACAAUUAAUAACGCGCAUGACGUAAUAGCGUCAGAAAACAACAAAGCCACGUCGAUUGGGGCUCUGAAAGCACUCUCGCUCCAGUAGCAUGAAUGUGGAUAUGAAUUCUAUUUCCAAAAACACGAGCUGUGUUCAUUUGUAUAAAAUUCAUCACAAGUUAAGUCACACUGCUUGAUACAGCAUGUGUAUUCACUUCCAGCCAGGUGCAAGGAUUGCUGAAAGAUGAGCUGGGUGUUUGACGACUACAAAUAUUGUCCAAAGAUAAAUCAGUAUUUAAAAUAUGUGCUGUUGCAUCCGUGAUUUAGGUUUUUUUGUUGAAGUUGUAUGGCCAAUGCCUGUAAAUGUAAUAUACAUGUUACUCCAAGUUGAUCAAGAUGAGUGUACAUUAUCAUGUCUCGAUGUACAGACAAUCUCGAUCAGCUCGAGGUGAUUUAGAUGAUGUAACUACUGUAAUAUAAAAACAAAUCAGAUGUUCAGAUUUAAAUUAUUUUGUUGAUAUAUGAUACAAAUUAAAUAUAUACUAUAAGGACUAUAAAAUACUCAGUUGUUGUAUAAUGUAGGCUGUUUUGUACAUGUGGCAUAAAUGUAGAUGUGAAAAGCAAAGAAGGAAAUAUUAAAUACACUAGAAUGGCGA